AUGAAUCAGAAGGUUAAUCGACUGGGUUAUGGGUACUUGGAAGGAUGUUUGGCAGCCGGUACUACUGAGGGAACUACCGACAGAUACGACACGGAGGUGGAAGCGGAAGGGAAAUGGAGGGGCAACUUGAUGUUAUACUCAUAUAACAGAAGGGAAGAGAGGGACAAAUGGGGAAGGAAGAGGAAUCACUCGAGACGAGACAAGACGAGACGAAGAGACAAGAAAACGAUGGGAAGUGAUGUGAUUGGUCCAGUGUCUGCCCUGAUUCUGUCAAUCUGGUUGGCUGUUGGAUUGAUUGAUCGGUCAGUUGAUUGGUCGAUCAUAUUUGGGCUUGGCUUGGCUGGACUGGAUGGCUGGCUGGACCGUUUCUCCUUCUUUUGGCUGUUUCUGUUUGUUCGGAACUUCGAAGUACCUAAUGUAUCUUCAAUUAUUAAUAGCAAUGAUGAUGAUGAUGAUACUGUAUCUGCUAUAAUAAUGUAUUAUUCAUGGACGACGAUCGACUCAGUCCGACAUCAGCAGGGGAAGAGGCAUGACGGACACGGACUUGGGACUGGACUUGGACUUCCACUCGUAAUACACAUUAGUCCGUGGUGGAUGAUGAUGAUGCCAGCCAUGAUUCCUCGGAACCAAACCAUAACCACCAUCACAAUCACAAUCACAAAGAAUGUCAUUGUCUACCAAGCCAUGUACGACCUGAUGUCUAUCAACUUGUCUAUGCCUAGCUGCUAA